CUUUCAUCAGAUCAAUCUGAUUACCACUGACCACUUCUCAACUAUGACUUCGUAUUUCCUCUCAUAGACUAGCCAAUCAUGCCGUCAUGGCUUCGGCUUCCUCGUUACAGGCGCGCCUUUCCGCUGCCCUUCCACAAGGAGUAGACGUGGUCGCGUAUCAUAUUUCCACUCCCCCUACCUCGGCAAGCGCGCUUUUCGCACCAGUGCCAGGGCAAAGUGAAGAGACGACACACUGUGAAUCACAUUUCCUGGCAAUCUCGUCGCCUCAGCGUGAUGAUGUCAAAGAAGUCAUCGUCUUUGCCAUCGAGAUCCUGAUCUUCACAACUCAGAGUCUCACCACAUUAUUUGUCUCAAAGGCCGACUCUGCGGGGUUCUCGUCACGCUUGAAUGCACCGAGACAAUCUCCAUCGGUUGUUGCAGCCAUUACAGCCACCUUCAUAGAGUAUCUGCUGGGACCGAGACUAAGUACAACCCGAGUGAUCCUGUCACUCUUUGCACGCUCACAGAAUCAAUACCUCUUUCCUGGAAGCAUUGAGAACGCGGGAAAACAUGUUCUCGACGAUUGUCAGCUAAUCAAGUGGUGGUGCCGAGUGACCGAUAGAGUCUUGCGGCUGUAUAGCGACAAAACUGAUCCACCCUUCAGAUCUACCGCACAUCUUGUGGUUCCUGGAUGCGACAAAGCAGAGACAAGAGCUUUCUUUCCAGCAUCAAGCCGGCAAGACUUGCCCUCGGACCCGGUAUGGAUCAACUCUUACCCAGUCGAGCUGCUGGUUGCAGACACAUCAAGACCUCCAAGGCACUUAGUUCCUCGCCUCCCAGAUGAUCCAAAAUCUCGAUUCCUGGAUGAUCUGGACGGGGAUUUUAUGGAUGAUGGUGGACGUUGGCGAAGUGUUAAGAACCUCGAUCAAUUCUGGGAGAUGAUGUCCUAUCGACAGGAAUGCUCGGCAGGCAGGCUCGUUGGGUUUUUGUGGCUUGUGUUUUCACAAGGACAGACUAGUCACGCGUCUCUGGCUGAUCUUGAUCAAGCAAGCUACAUGGGAAAUACUGUAGCUGCUCUUGCCCAGGAGAGUCUGCCUACUCCCGGUAAUUCUCAACUAGGUGAGGAUGGCGAUCUACCAGUCCAGCCACAACCAUUGUCCGAAUUGGAGAUGAUUGGUGAGCUCACCUCGCCCCCUUCAUCAUCGCCCCUUGAAAGGGUGCAUGAAGAACUGCGAAAUGGCUCGGCUGAAGAAAGCACUGCACGAGCCUCAUCGAUUUUGGCGGGAGCGGCGACGAACAGAGAGCCGUCCCAAGAGCUCAGCCAGCAGUAUCAGGAAACUCAAGGUGAACUUGUCCUUGACGCGGCCCAGUACCUGACAUUGAUGGAUCACCUCCUCCAGACUGAUUUUGCUGGGGAAGAACUAGCAGCUGCGAAUACCAAGAGUUGGAUUCAGAAGGCUUUGGAACUGUCGAGCAUUCCCAGGUUCGGCAUACCCAUACGUGGACGGUAUGUCGUGGCCGAAUCUGGCGGGCUUGAGAAGUCAGCCUUACCUCAAGUCAACGUCCUGACAGGUAUCCGGAAAAAGAGGAAAGCCGAAGCAGUGGACGAUGGUACGGCAGCACUGGACACGACGCCAAACCCUUCCGCACCGGCUGUCAAUACACUUGCCGCUGGUUUGCUUCGGAAGAAGCCCAGAAGUUGAACAUUUACACGUCAAAAGAUUUCAGAUACCCAGAUCUCGGCGCAAUCGAACUACACAGCGACCAGAACCAUCCUCAUUGGAUAGCAGGAUGCAUUGCAAGGUUUGCCAGGAAAUCCUGAAGACAUUUUUGGAUAUGGGCAUGGCGGCAGUUUACAUGAAUCUGGAGCCGUUUGUACUGCCUAA